AUGUCAAUAAACCAAUCCGAAGUCCAGAAAUACUGGGAAAUCUUCGCCGUCUUAGCCAACGGCGGCGACCACCUCGAUGGCAGCCAAGCGGCCUCGGUCCUCAAGAACUCUGGGUUGAACGAUGCUCAGUUGGAAAGAGUAUGGGAUCUGGCGGAUAUCGAUAACGAUGGACGACUCGAUUUCGAGGAGUUUUGCGUGGCGAUGAAGCUGAUAUAUAAUGUGCUUGGUGGUGAAGCAUCAGACAUCCCAGAGCGUCUACCAGACUACCUUGUUCCCGAAAGUAAAUUCCAUCUCGUAGCAGCCACCCAAGCUCUCACCAAAACUGCGCCAAAGAUCGAAACACCAGAGGAGGAAGACGAUACACCCGGUCUCAAAGAUGGUUUCGAUUGGUACAUAUCGCCGGCCGAUAAAGGGAAAUACGAGGCAAUAUAUAGCGCCAACGUGGAUAGACAUGGCCAGAUCACCUUUGCCGCCCUCGACGACCUCUACUCCUCCCUCGACGUUCCGGACACCGAUAUCCGUUUCGCCUGGAACCUUGUAAACCCCAAUGCGGACCUCACUGUCGGUAAAGACCAAGCAUUAGCAUUCUUACACAUGUUGAACCAGCGGAACGAAGGAUAUAGAAUCCCCAGAAGCGUACCGGCAUCGUUGAGAGCUUCGUUCGAGAAAAAUCAGAUAAAUUAUUCCGUCAGUAGUGUUAAAUUGGGUGGGGACAGAGCGCCGUCGGGUGGGUCGACGAGUAAAAAGAAUGCAUUUGCAGAGGGUUAUUUGGAUAGACUUGGGCUGGGAGGCAGGACAGGGGGGUAUAAGACUAGUGGAACGGACUUCAGCAGCUCGAAGGAGCAGGAUUGGGAGGAAGUCAGGUUGAAGCGACAACUUGCCGAUUUAGAAUCUAAAAUCAAGGAUUCAGAAGCCGCAGCAUCGAAGAGGGCAGCUAGAGGUGCUGAUGGUUCAAGGAACUCGAGAGCUGCUUUGGUUAGACGGGAACUAGAGCAGAUGUUGGAUUAUAAGAGGAGGGAGCUAAGAGAUUUGGAGGAAGGGAAGGGGAGUGCACAAGGUGGUGCUAGUCUUGCAAGUGCGAGAGACGAUCUGGAGCUUAUGAAACAACAGGUUGAGGCACUUGAGUCACACUUAGCACAGAGGAACGAUGUGCUAGAAGAUUUGAGGAGGCAGAUUGAUGAUGAGAAGGCUCGGAGGUGA